CAACCAUAUGCUUUAGAUUUAUAUUUCUGAGCACAAUGGUGGGUUUUAGGACAUUAUUGACGUGUUUUUUACUAUUUGCAACUAUUGGACGUUUAAAUCAAGCCACCGCUGAUGAUUUUGUCAGACCAGCAAUGGUGGAGAUAGUGGAUUAUACGGCCUAUCUUACAUAUAAGGUAAAUGGAAAGGAUAUGACAUUUGAGGUACCGUCAGCUAUAGUUACACCAGAAGGUUUAAAAGGCAAUAUAUUUAAAUGCUUGUUAAACGGUGGUGAAAUAGUUGGCACUGUUUUCGGAGUAAAAUGCGUAGGGAAAACCAUAACAACAACAACAAGACCAACUAUAACAACAACAAUAACACCAAGUACUACGACACAAAGAAAGACAAAAGUUCCGGCAACUACAUUGAAUCCGAUGAGUGACCCAUUACCCCCACAUCAAGUUUGUGCUGACAUUGUAUUCGUCUUCGACAAUUCCUGCUCAAUGAAAACAUAUCACAAACGAAAUGCACUUAAACUAAUCCAGGGUCUUGCCAACGGUCUCUUUUUGGAUCCCUGGAACGGCGCAUGCGUCGGGGCUGUUGUGUACGAUGGAGAAGUAACGCACCAUAUACCGUUUGAGUUUGAUGAUCACGUGAGUGAUUACAGCACAAUGGCGACAAUGAGAGGAUUUUAUAUUGCCUUGGUCAGUACCACUAUUUUUGCAUUUACAUUCGGCGCACCGCUGGAUAAUGCCAAUGCUACACUCGAUCCAGAGCCCUUAGAGGAACUUGAUGAACCGGUUGAACCAGCCGGUAUAGUGACUCAAGGUGAAACGACCAGACUUACGUUCAUAAUAGAUGGAGAGGAGGUAACGUAUACUGUUGAUACGGACGUUAUUAAUGCAGCUGGUUUGAGCCAGAACAUAUAUAAAUGUCUUAUUACUGGCGGACAAAUAAGACGAGCUAAAUUUGGAUUCAAAUGCAAAGGAAGAACUUUAACAACAACGACAACUACUACCACAACAACAACGACGACGACGACAACACCUAGCCCUACCACAACGUCGACACCUGAAACGACCACAACCGAAAUUGGCAGCUAUGAUGGCAAUAUCGUUGACCCGCCUAUUGAAGGGCGCUCCUCGGAUAUUGUACCUGAUUUUCCCGUCAUCGGAUACCCGAUUGUCACAGCAUGUGCAGACAUUGUGAUCGUACUUGAUGGCUCUUGCUCCGUGCGAAAGAAAUUCAAAGACGCAGCAAUCAAACUAGUAGAAGCGAUCAGCAACAGCCUCGUUGUAGGUGCCGAGAAUGGCGCCUGUUUGGGUGCGAUCGUUUAUGACGGGGUGGUGACACAGCAUAUCGAUUUUGAUUUUGGAGACCAAGAAAAGGGAGCGCUAUCAUUCAGUGAUAAAUUUAGCAAACUCGAUACGACACCCUCGGUGUGCAGGACAAAAACAUGGAUUGCCUUCAGGUACGCAAACAAAAAGUUCUUCAACGGCACUAAUGAUCGGGAAGACGGGAAAUACAAAGAUUUGAUGAUCGUAUUCGGAGAUGGAAGGACAGCGCCGGUCACUCGACGAAAUGAUACGAUAAAAUUUGCGAACCAACUGAAAGCGAAUAAUGUUUCCAUAGCAUAUAUUCAAGUACCGCAUAAGGUUGAGGAAAAAACUAAGGAGAGUCUUGAAAAUGAAAUUAAAGCAAUAACUGAUAAAAUAUUUGAUAUCCUGGAGCCUCAGAGUGCGAUAUCUGGUAUAUUGGACAUUUUAAAAGAUCCACUGUAUUCGUGCGUGAGAUGAAGGAUUUAUAAAUACAAGCAGGAUAAAAAAUCGUCCAAUUAA